AUGCUGGGAUCAACAUUUGAAAUUACUAUGGGCAGUGGAAAACAAUUUUGUGGAUUGGACAUUGAACACAAUCAUUCUGCAAACAAGAGCAAACCAAUCAAUUACUACUUCAGAAGUUCAUCAUGGAUGGUGAUGGGCAACAAACCCUAUCGACACACACUAAGUAACUUAUGGCUUGCAGCAACUGUUACGCAGCCAGACAUCAAUUUCACUGUGAGCAUCAUAAGUAGGUUUUUACAUAAUCUAGGUCCUGAAUACUGGCAUGCUGUUAAAAGUACUGUGAAGUACCUGCAGAGGACCAAGGACCUGAACAAGAGGUACAAAAAUGACUCUACUGGCUGCUGGUCUUUUCUUGUGCUGAUUAUGCUGGUGACUACGAUGGUCACUGGUCACCAACCAGCUAUCUGA